GAGUUUGUCCAAAAAUGCCGAGUCAAGAGGUUGUGACAACAAAAGUUGUGGUCCAUCCGCUAGUGCUGUUAAGCGUGGUGGAUCACUUCAAUCGUAUGGGAAAAAUCGGAAACCAGAAGAGAGUAGUCGGUGUACUUUUGGGCAGUUGGAGGGCUAAGGGAAUCUUGGAUGUAUCAAACAGUUUUGCAGUACCUUUCGAUGAAGAUGAUAAGGACAAGAGCGUGUGGUUUCUCGAUCAUGAUUAUCUUGAAAACAUGUAUGGAAUGUUCAAGAAAGUCAAUGCUCGUGAAAAGGUAGUUGGCUGGUACCAUACAGGACCUAAGUUGCAUCAAAAUGAUGUUGCUAUCAACGAGCUAAUUAGAAGAUACUGUCCUAAUUCAGUUUUGGUGAUUAUUGAUGCGAAACCAAAGGAUCUAGGACUUCCUACAGAAGCAUAUCAAGCAGUUGAAGAAGUACAUGAUGAUGGAUCACCAACUUCCAAAACUUUUGAGCAUAUUCCAAGUGAAAUUGGAGCUGAAGAAGCAGAGGAAGUUGGAGUAGAACAUUUAUUAAGAGAUAUCAAAGACACAACAGUUGGUACACUCAGCCAAAGAAUCACAAACCAACUGCUUGGCUUGAAAGGUCUUCAUGAACAAAUUCGAGAAAUUAGAGAUUAUCUGCUACAGGUUGGAAGUGGGAAAUUACCUAUUAAUCAUCAAAUUGUUUAUCAACUUCAAGAUAUCUUCAACUUAUUACCAGACAUGACUCAAAGUAGUUUUGUAGAUUCUCUAUAUAUAAAAACAAACGAUCAGAUGCUGGUUGUAUAUCUAGCAGCUCUGGUUAGGUCUAUAGUGGCUUUACACAACUUAAUCGGCAACAAAUUAACCAAUCGUGAUGCCGAGAAAAAAGAAACCGAUGGAAAAAAAGAUACAAAAAAGGAAGAGAAGAAAGAAGAAGAAAAGAAGGGAGAUGAAAAGGCAAAAAAUAAGAGUCAAAGUCACUUUUGAGUCUGCUCAUACACAGUAUGCAAAAUUGAAACUGUUAAAGUUGAGGACAAUUAUUGACUUUGUGUGUAAUAGUCAAGCGUAUUCACAAUUUGUACAGAAUUACACUGCGCAUCUAUAAAUAAUGACAGUUUAAAAAUGUAUUAUGAGUAAAUUGGUUCCUGAAUUAAUUCUGGCAUAAUUCUGAAUUUUUUUUAAUAAUUAGGCACAAAAUAUAUAAGACACAAGAAUUAUAAUUCAAGAUUUUCGUAUUUUGAAUGUGUAAUGACUGUAUAAUGAAUGAUAUAGUCAAUAUAUCGAAAAAUUUAGGGUUACGACAAGUUUUAGAUUAUUAUUGUAACCAUUACAAUACUCUUUCAAAGUUUUUAUAAUUAACAAUGAAUAAUUAAUACAAACUACUUCAUGAAGA